AUGCGAUGUGUUGGCCGGUUGCUGCUCAUCGUCAGUGCAGGCGCUCAGAUCCAGGAAAGUGAUAUUUUUCUAGGUGGAUCUGCGUUUACCAGCAAUGAAAGCGAGAACCUUGGCAUCAUCUACAAGUGGUUGGACGAUAUCAUGUGGUCCACUUCUUGGGACGAUGCAUCUCAUCGAUUGUUGGCGUAUCAGCAGUUGCGGCAACUUGCAGAGGUGAGCACAAACCACCUGCCUUCCUUGGCCUUUGGUGUAGGUCAGGCUUUCUAUUCCUACUUUUGGUUUGAAGAGAAUGGCCCGAGGAUACAAUUGGAGGCGGCGGAGCUGUCGGUUCACUUGCGCGACUUGAGCUUGAAGCACAGUGGAUGCUCCGAUUUAAGCCUUGGUGUUGGGACCUUCUUGAGUAAGGUGUGCCAUGAGCGCUGGCUGUUCCUCAUCAUGCUGUGUGCAGAGGUGGGGGCUGCCUUUGCCAAACGCCGACAGAACCUCUCCAAAGCAGCAGCACUGCUGCAGCGAGGGAAUGAUUUGUUUGAAGAAUUGCAGCAGUAUCCUUUCUUUAGCUUCCGCAAGUGGGAGAAUCUCUACGACAUCAACACGAACUCGCAUGUCUUCCCUGAGGGCUUCCGACAAAGACCCGUUUGGCCGAAUUCGGCAGUUCCCCUGGCUGGUUGGCUUGAAGAAAACUACCAGACUUUUCGAGAAGAUUUGGAUUUGAUUCUCAACCGGAGCCUUUUCGAUACUUUGUACUUCAUGGGCCAUGUAUCUAUGACACAGUUCUCUGGUCGGCGAGAGUCGUGGGCACCACUAAAUUUGAUUCAUAAUCGGGAGCUGGCACCGCACGCCUGCGAGGUGGCGAAUCGAAGCUGCGAUUUGCUCCGCAGUCGACCUGAGAUUGCCCGAUGUCAUGCUAAGGAUGUGGGUGCGGCCUUUGCGCGACUUCAACCAGGAAUGGGUAUAAAGCCGCACCUUUGGAAUGCUCCGCCCAGGCUGGCAGCGCACUUGGGACUUCGGACACCUCAUGGUGCCUCCAUGGCAGUUGGUGAGCAUCACCUCAGCUGGGAUGAAGGGCAAGCGCUGGUCUUUGACGAUACCUACAUCCACAGCGUGAACCAUGAGGGAACCGACGACCGGUAUUUGCUGGUCACCUGGUUUUGCCAUCCCUGCGAUACGUUGCAUGCAGAAGACCGACCAAUCCUCACAUCUGCAGUGCAGCAAAGACCUGAGGCGCAGAUGGCAGGCUCCGUCACUGGCGGGACACCACAGCAGGUUUACGACUUGCAUAGUCAUUUGGAGCAUCCGUUAGCUCAAGGUUCCUGGCAACAGGAGCUGCCAGAGUGUGCUUUGGGACCACACAGCCUGAGGCAUACAAUUUCCUACUCCAAUUUGAAUGGCCAGGAACAAAUUCAAGAGACAGAAGUGACCUGCUCUGGAGAUGACUGCGAAACAACCACAAGUAAUGUUUUGCUUCAGAUCAUUCGGGUGCGAGAGCCGAAGGCAAAGCGGAUGUGCUCAGGCUCUCCGGGCCUCAUUUGGGAUGGCUUGGACACUGUCGUGCACAGAGUCACCAACUCAGCCAGACGAGUUCUGGGCUAUGCACCAGUGGAGACGGAGAAGACACCGCAUGAGAAUCUUCAGCCACUUGCUUUGAGAAGUGAAGGAGUGAUGAAGAUGUACACUUAUUCCAACAACAAUGGUCAAGAGGAGAUGAAGGAGGUGCAAUCCCACUGUAAGGAUGGCACCUGCGUCCAAAGGAGCCGCAUCUUUGCACCAAGUUCAGUGAAGGAGCACCUACAGCAUGACGCCAAGGAGAUUCGCCCACAAGCAGCGCAGGCUUACCAAGCCUAG